CUCACUUUCCUUUUUAUGCAAUAAUUGUUAUAAACUGUCCGUGAUGAUGCUCCAGAUGAAAGAAUUGUUUAACAUAGAAGAUUAUUUAUUUUUAAAGAAAGUUAACAAAAAAAUCAAAAAGGUAGCGAGGUAACGUUAGAUUCUCUAAAAGUAUAUUUAUUUAUUAUAACACAAAAGUUAUGAAGAAUAAAUAUGGUUCAUUCUUGAUAUGAAAAUAUAUAUAUGAACACAUAGCAAUGCAUGCCUGAUUUUACAAAUUAUUAUUUUGUCAAAAACAGGGCUAAUGAUUUUAAUCACUCAAUCAAUGGAUUUAUAAGGCGCAUAAUACAGCUGUCUCCAGGUAUGCGCCAAUAAACAAUAAAAGAGGAUUGUGAAUUUAACGUAUGAAUGAAUAAAUAACCAUUGUGGCCGGAAAAGAUAGUAUGCACCAGUCGACCGAAUCUACCUCCUGGUUAAGUAAUCAAUUUCUGCAUGGAGGUAUAAAGUUUGUUUCAGUAUAAUAGCCUUUGAUAAUACAGGAAAUAUUGUGAACAGCACAGUACACCUUCAUUUCCUGUAUUAUCAAAGGGUAUAAAGUUGCAGUAUAAUAUAGCCUUUGAUAAUACAGGAAAUAUUGUGAACAGCACAGAACACGCUUCAUUUCAAUGCUAAAAAAUUAUUCACAUUAUUUCCUGAUAGAGAUUAAAAUCAUAAUAAUUGCAUUUUAAAUUCAAAAUAUGUAUGUUAUAUCAAGAAAAUAAAGGAAUCCGCUACACCAUAGGCCUAGUGUUUUUUUCAAAAACUAUAAUUAGGCCUAUAAAGAGUAACCCCAUCUUACCCUACACAUUCAGAGCCCUCUUAAAUAAAUUAAAAAAAAGUGAUACUUUGAAGACUACUCCUUAGUCGUGAGAAAAAAUUAUUUGCUGUCGCAGGAUUUGAACCCAGGGCCCCGUGAUUGGAAUACAAGCAUAUUAACCGCCAACCUACAUCUCCACUACAACUCCACUAUUGGAGCUAAUGUUAUGUCUAUGGUGCGUCCAAGUGGCGGGGAAAUAUGGCACUCUCUAACUUAAAUUUUGAUGCAAUUUUCUUUAUUCACCCAUUUUUAUUUUAGAAAAAUGGAGGGUGGGCCGAUUGUUCCCCUUCCAACCUUAAAUCGGCCUCGGCCAAUGUGUUUUGUGGCGGUUAAUGAUGGAUUUAAUUUACGUCAGUUCCGCUUUGGUUUAAGAGAGGCCUACAUGCAAUUGGUAGUUCAGAGUCGACCAUACAAGACCCUGGAGGCGGUGAUGCUCUUAACGAAUUAUUGGUUACGGGCAUACAUUUAUUAGAACGAUCAGGGGAAUUGUUGCAAAAUCCAGCAUCUGUAGUCCUACAUGAAUUUGGUAGCUCAGAGACGGCCAUACAAGACCCUGGAGGCAGGGAUGGUCUUAACGAAUCAUUGGUCAUGGGCAUAUAUGUAUUAGAAAGAUCAGAGGAAUUCUUGCAAUAUCCAACAUCUGUAGUCCUACAGGAAUUUGGUAGCUCAGAGACGGUCAUACAAGACUCAGGAGGCGGGGAUGCUCUUAAUGAAUUAUUGGUCAUGGGCAUAAUAUAUGUAUUAGAAAGAUCAGAGGAAUUAUUGCAAAAUCCAGCAUCCGUAGUCCUACAGGAAUUUGGUAGCUCAGAGACGGUCAUACAAGACCCUGGAGGCGGGGAUGCUCUUAACGAAUUAUUUGUCAUGGGCAUAUACGUAUUAGAAGUAUCAAAGGAAUUGUUGAAAAAUCCAGCAUCUGUAGUUCUACAGGAAUUUGGUAGUUCAGAGACGGCCAUACAAGACCCUGGAGGCGGGGAUGCUCUUAACGAAUUAUUGGUUACGGACAUAUAUACAUUAGAAAGAUCAGAGGAAUUGUUGCAAAAUCCAGCAUCUGUAGUUCUACAGGAAUUUGGUAGUUCAGAGACGGCCAUACAAGACCCUGGAGGCGGGGAUGCUCUUAACGAAUUAUUGGUUACGGACAUAUAUACAUUAGAAAGAUCAGAGGAAUUGUUGCAAAAUCCAACAUCUGUAGUUCUACAGGAAUUUGGUAGCUCAGAGACGGCCAUACAAGACCCUGGAGGCGGGGAUGCUCCUAACGAAUUAUUGAAAUUCCGUAAUAAGCAAGACCGUAUAUACUCGCGUACAAUGCGACCCGAGUAUAGGACGACUCCUGAGUUUUUUCUUCCCGAGAAGAUUUUUGGUUGA